AGUCAGCUCCCGGCGGCCGUGAGAGACGCACGUUCCGUCACUGUAGUGACUCGAUUCCACGAUCUCAGUGAUGCUGUUAUGUUUGCCACCUGAAAACGAUUGAGUGCUAAUCAGUCUUGUCUUACGAAGUUCGAAAAAAACGGAGUCUCUAAAAUGCCGUCCGAAAUCCGACGGAAAUGUUUCGUUUUCCUGCGAGAAAACCUUCUUACCCUACUCACCAUUAUCGGCGUGGUUGCCGGCACAAUACUAGGAUGGGGGCUGAGAGCGUCAGGCCAUGAGUGGACAAAGAGAGAGGUUAUGUACUUCCAAUAUCCUGGAGAACUGUUCUUACGGAUGCUUAAAUGUCUUAUCGUUCCACUUCUGGUAUCUUCUAUAGUGUCAGCCAUCGGGUCUUUGGAUCUUAGUCUGUCUGGCAAAGUCGGUCUCCGUGCAAUUAUUUAUUAUAUGACAACGACAGUAUGCGCCGUGAUGCUGGGAAUCGCUCUCGUUACCACCAUUAAGCCGGGCAAUGACCCUGAAGCGUACAGCCAGCCUAAUGUCACUAAAGUAAUCAAAAGGGAUACGCUGACCCCGGAUACCCUGUUGGAUUUAAUAAGGAAUGUGUUUCCAGAGAAUAUUGCCCAGGCUACAAUCGCAUCUUACCGAACUAGAUUGGUCUACGACGUGAACGAUACCGAUAUGAUUAAAGGUCAGCUAGAGACUUACAAGAUCGACGGAGAUUACCAGAAUGGAAGUAAUGUGCUGGGAUUGGUGUGCUUUAGCAUAGUUCUCGGUAUCACACUUGGAAAAAUGGGUGAUAAAAGUCGCCCGCUACAAGAUUUCUUUCACACUUUUUCAGAAGCUAUGAUGAUCAUUACAGGAUGGGUGAUAUGGUUAUCUCCACUUGGUGUGUUCUUCUUAGUGACAGCUAAGAUUAUGGAAAUAGAUUCGUUUGCUGACUUAGUCGGUCGAUUGGGUCUAUACUUUAUGACUGUACUCCUCGGUCUCUUCUUGCAUGGAUUCGGAACGCUCAGCAUCCUUUUCAUAUUGGCCACGAAGAAAUUACCCUGCCGUUACAUCGCUAAGAUGGGUCAAGUCAUGGCCACUGCUUUCGGGACUGCUUCCAGUUCAGCAACAAUGCCCAUAACAAUAGGGUGUUGUGAUGACAUGGGCUUAGACCCUCGCAUCACUCGUUUUGUUAUACCCAUCGGCGCGACAAUCAACAUGGACGGCACAGCACUUUACGAAGCUGUGGCGGCCAUUUUUAUUGCUCAGUUGAGGAAGGUUGAAAUGUCAUUUGGAAAGAUUAUUGCAGUGAGUGUGACGGCGACGGCAGCUAGCAUAGGCGCGGCAGGCAUUCCACAAGCAGGCUUGGUUACAAUGGUGAUGGUGCUCGACACCGUCAACCUGCCCGCCGAGGACGUCUCCAUCAUCCUUGCGGUCGACUGGCUGCUCGAUCGAUUCCGCACGACGAUCAAUGUCGUCUGCGAUGCAUUGGGGGCCAUUAUAGUAACCUCAUUAUCGCAAGGCGAUAUUGAGAAAUCACGCGUUGCUCAUGAAAAUGAUAAAGAACUAGCUCCAGCGCAUGAACUCACCGAAAUUGAAAAGGGCGAACAUUGAAUGUAUUACGACGUCCAACAUAUUAUCGGAUGCGAGCCGCACUGUGUUCAUAUGACGCGCUAAGUAUAAACGUUAUUUUUCACAGGACAGUGAUUCUUAUUUUAAAAUUCAUGGGAAAAAUCACAAUUUAUAUCACACUGUCAAUCAGCCAUAUUUACGUUAUGAGGUGAUUUAAAACUUGUUUCAACAGAUUGAUUAAUUAAAUUACUAUGUGUUUUUGGAUAAACUUUAGUAAAUAUGUAUUUUAUUAAUACAUCAAUUGCAGCCUGGAAUUAUUAAAAAAAAAAACUUUAUUAGUUUUAUAACAGUUUUGGUUACCGAUAUUUAUAGUUCAUUUUAGUAUAAAUGUCAAGUAGUCAGUUUUAAUGUAUGUAGGAUAUUUAAUUAUUCAUAUUUGAUUGAUGGUAGGUGGUUAGUGCAAGGUUAUAACGUGUUGUGAAUGUGCAAUUUUACAUUACACAAAAUAUUAUACGUUAAUUACAAGGACGAUUUUAAAAGUACUUAAAAGCUAUUUCACGAUUUCUCAAAACUUACAUUUUAUUUGUAAUUUUCAUUUAAUGAAAAUAUUUUGAGAUAUCGUGGAACGGAUUUUGAGGCAAACUACACGCCACAUAAUUUAAUGCGUUUGUUACGAAUUGAAAAAUGAUUGAGAAGUGCGAAUUUAAAUACCAUAUUACAUUAAUGUAGAAAAAGUUAUUUUAUAGUUCCGUGUUUCGAACUAAAUGUAUUUAAGUUGUACAUUCCGAGAUAUUAGUUGGAAUUUUUAAAAAAAAUAGUAGUUAUUUCAAAAUGUUUUCUAAUAUAAACAUUUUGUCUAUAAUAUGUACUCUAUAUAUACAUUAUACAUCAGGAUAAAGCGAAUUUAGAAUGUUUUAGGAAAUUUUGAUAGCUGAAAACUCCCCUUCUAUUUUUGUAUGAAUGUAUCUACAUAUAGAUUUAUAUUGUAUGUAUAUCAAUGAUAGUAAAUGUGCCAUAUUGUAAGUAAACUUAUAUGUGUAAUUACAUAGUUUACGUAAAUUGUAUAAUCUCCAAUCAAUACGUCUGUUUGCAUUCCAAUUCAAAUUAUUUAAUAUCGAUUGAACACAGAGUGUUCCGAUUUAAUUAUUUUGCUAAUGUUAGUAAUUAUCUGAAAUAUAAUUGCGUGAUGUGUAGUACAUGAUAUUAUCUGUUUUGCAUAUUUUUACUUCCGUACAUCUAUAUACCUACAAUUAUUUUUAGUAUAACCGCCAUUGCUUUUAUUAUGAAAUGUAAUAAAGUUAUAACUCUUUAUUUGUUGUUUGAUAUUUAAUUAUUAAUAAAUUAAAAUAAUUUAUAUUACGCGAAACGAGAUUCGUUUAUACGAAUAAUGUCAUUCAACUUCUAUAAUAAAUAGACUCUUAUAGUUAUUUUUAUCCAUGAGGUUUUAAUUAGCAAUAUUUUUUUUUAAUUUAUAGCCAUUUAUCGAUAUUAUAUUUUAAGUAGAAUAGUUGAUAGUAGUAGUAAUAAAAGUGUUAACUGUAUAGUUAUGUGAAAAAUAGGUUUCAUUUUAGAAGAAUGCAAGACCUUAUUUUUCGUCUUUAAAGCUAAAUGUUGUAGUAUAACUACAAUAUUGACAUAUUAAAAUAAUAUUUAUUAUUUUUUGCAACUGUGGUAAUUAACUGAUUUUGAAAUAUGACAUAAUUUAUUUAGAAUAUUAUAUUGUUAUCACUUUAUUUGGACAACGUUUCCAUUUGUUUUUAAGAGUACAAACUAUCUUAUUUAUUGAUCGUAAAUGUGUUAAUCUUCAAAAUGUCACUUUUACUUCUCUAUGGCCAUAGUUGAAUGUUAAUUAUUUUAAUAAAUAAUUAUUAUAUUGUG